CAACACAAAGAAGAAGAAGGGAAACACGUGCGGCAGCCUGGUGGACUGAUUGAGGUGAAUGUUGUGACUGAGUGAGAUUAGAAACGAGCGGUAAAUAAUCAACUAUCGAUCAGAAAUGACCAAAAUAAAGAAGGAGAAAGUCUCUGCGGAUGGAGAGGAACCAGCAGCGGCGGAGGCCGGAGGGACGGAGCGGAGCUACACCGAGCUGAUCGCUCAUCUCAACCCCAUCGCUCAGCCGCUGGCCUCCAAGAAGCUCAGCAAGAAGCUCUACAAGUGCGUGAAAAAAGCUGCUAAAGUGAAGAACAUCCGGAGAGGAGUGAAAGAAGUUCAGAAAUUCAUCAACAAAGGAGAGAAAGGGUGAGUUACUGAGAUAAUCUGGAGCAUAUCG